AUCAUAAUAAUACCAACAGUGCUAUCCCACUAACCAUCUUUCAACCUUUUUCUUUCUCCCUCUAAAAACCCAUCACUACCGCCAUUAAAAUCUCACUCUAACCACCCAAAACCCCAUUAUCAUUAUCCUCAAUUCAACUCAACUCCAGAAUAUGAUCCAUGGAAAGAUCAUCAGAUCAUCACCAUCAUCAUCGUCCCAAACAAUCCCCAAGAAAAAUCAGCCCUCAAACUCCAAUAUUAAUAUCUUCAAAUAAUAAUAAUAAUAAUACAGAGAGAGUGAAGAGAGACGAAUGGAGCGAAGGAGCCAUCUCGAGCCUUCUAGAAGCUUACGAGGCCAAGUGGACGCUCCGGAACCGGGCCAAGCUCAAGGGCCACGACUGGGAGGACGUCGCCCGGCACGUCUCGGCCCGGUCCGACCGGUCCAAGUCGGUCAAGACGCAGACCCAAUGCAAGAACAAGAUCGAGUCCAUGAAGAAGAGGUACCGCUCUGAGUCCGCCGCCGCCUCCGCCCUCGACGCGCCGUCCUGGCCGCUUUACUCCCGCCUCCACCUCCUCCUGCGGGGAAAUGCCGCCGUCGCCGGAGUCCCGCCGCACCCCGGCGUAGCUAACGCUACGCCGCCCAUCGAUAGCUUCGUGCCGCCGCCGCCGCCGGAGUUUGUUGUCCAGACGGCGGCGGUUCCGGCCACCAGUGAGCCGCCGCAGAAUUCCCAGGGGUCGAAUGCCAAGGGAGCGGAGAACAACGGCGGUGGGCAGCCGUUGGAUCAAGUAUCCGAGAAGAAUCCAACGGACGACACGGGGAGCAGCACUCCUCAACAGAAUCCGAACCCGAACCCGAAUCUGAAAGCCGGACAAAAUACAGGUAAGGAAGAAAGGAGGAAGAAGAGCGGCGGCAUGGCAGCGGCGACGACGAAGCGGCGAAGAGAGGAUGAGUGCUGGGCGAUCGGGGAGAGCAUCCGGUGGAUCGCAGAGGCGAUGGUGAGGUCGGAGGAAGCGCGGCUGGAGACGAUGAGGGAAAUCGAGAGAAUGAGGGCGGAAGCGGAGGAGAAGAGAGGGGAAAUGGACCUCCGACGGACGGAGAUCAUCGCCAACACUCAGCUCGAGAUCGCCAGACUGUUCGCCGCCGCCGCCGGCGGUCCUCCGCCGAUUCUUCGUUAGGGCUUGGAAGAAGCUAGAAUUGCAACCGACUCUAUCUUAUUAUGUAUAUGUAUGUUAUAUAGUCUUGGUAGAAAUUACCAAAAAUUGGUUACGUAUUAUA